UCCAGGCCAGGCGUGGCCCAGCCGCCCUGUGCAAGGUGGGGUGUCCCCGCCGCUCAGAUCCCCAUCUCGCCUGCCGCACUGGAGGUGGCCUCGCCGCUUCCUGCGCACACCUCGGGUCCCUCCCUCCCGGGCCCGGUUUGGCCCCGGCGGCCGCCCCUGGGCUCCCGCGCCUGGACACGCGGUUUCGGUCAGACCCGCCCGCGGGCUGGUUUCGAUUAGGGCCAGUAGGAGGGCGGAGCCGCCGGGACGCGAAGAGAGAACUAGCCUGAGUGGGGACGGUCUCCGCGCAGGAGACAAAGAGCGUCCCUGGAGCCAUCAGAGGGCAGGAGCUCGACCCGGAGCCCAGGGCGCCCGCGCUGAUUUCGGGUCCCCGGAGCCCCGGGGCAGGGCCGGGAGAAGGCGACAGCGGAGAAGGCAGGCGGCAGGUGCGCCGUCGGCGCGGCGGGCCGGGAUGCGGACGCCAGUGGUGAUGACGCUGGGCAUGGUGCUCGCGCCCUGCGGACUGCUGCUCAACCUGACCGGCACGCUGGCGCCCGGCUGGCGGCUGGUGAAGGGCUUCCUGAACCAGCCGGUGGACGUGGUGCUGUACCAGGGCCUGUGGGACAUGUGUCGGGAGCAGAGCAGCCGCGAGCGCGAGUGCGGACAACCGGACGAGUGGGGCUACUUUGCGGCCGAGCCCGUGCUGGUGGCGCGGGCACUCAUGGUCACCUCGCUGGCCACCACGGCCCUGGGGCUGCUGCUGGCGUCACUGGGCGUGCGCUGCUGGCAGGACGAGCCCCACUUCGCGCUGGCCGGGGUCUCGGGCCUCGUGCUCUUCGUCGCCGGCCUCCUCAGCCUCAUCCCGGUGUCCUGGUACAACCACUUCCUGGGGGACCGCGAGGUCCUGCCCGCCCCGGCCAGCCCGGUCACGGUGCAGGUCAGCUACAGCCUGGUGCUGGGCUACCUGGGCAGCUGCCUCCUGCUGCUGGGCGGCUUCUCGCUGGCGCUCAGCUUCGCGCCCUGGUGCGAGGAGCGGUGUCGCCGCUGUCGCAAGGCGCCUUCCGCCGGGCCUCGCCGCAGCAGCGUCAGCACCAUCCAAGUGGAGUGGCCCGAGCCCGAGCUGGCGCCCGCCAUCAAGUACUACCGCGACGGCCAGCACCGGCCGCCGCCUGCCCAGCCCCGCAAGCCCAAAGUCGGCUUCCCCAUGCCGCGGCCGCCGCCCAAGGCCUACACCAACCCUGUCGACGUCCUCGACGGGGAGGGGGCGAAGGCGGCCCCGUCCCAGGGCACCUCCUCGUGCAGCACCCAGCCCUACCGCAGCUCUCUGCCCUGCGACUCCGACCUCUAGACGCCUGGACAGCCUGGGGGUCGCGGGUGGCAAAGGACUCAACCCCGCACAGGCCCGCCUGGCUCCGACUUGGAACCCAGACACUUGUCCCUCGCUGGUGUGGACGGAAAUCUUCCUUUCCUGGGACCAAACAGGACCCCUUCGACGAUUAGUUCAGGCUGGGUUUGGUUUUCUUCUUCAAGAGUUUGGUUUUCCUCUCUAGAGGGAGCAGAGUCCUCUUAGGGAGUGACGGGCCUUUCGUAUUUUUUUGCUGAAGAAUAUAUGAAAAGGGUGGCAUUUGCGUCACGUGGACCAGGGACAAUAACUAGAGCUGAAGUCAGCAAUGCUCAGAAACAGUUUAACACCUUGAAACUACAAUAUUCUAAAAUACUGAUGAAUCUUGCAUCAAUAUAAUUAUUGGUUUUGGUUUUUUGUUUGUUUGUUGGUUUUUCUUUUUCCUACUGUGUAACUCCUUACCAUGCAAACUCUCAGGAGGCCAAUAUAUUUCUGGCCAUGUUUGGAUGAGCCUCUUAAACUUAGAACCAUGCAAAUACCAGCAGUUUAAUGGAUUUUAUGGAAUGAAAUAACCUGAUUAACUCAUAGCUACCUAUCUUCAUUGGAUACAUGGGAUUUGUAUUUUUUCUUACUUGUUUUUGCUGUGAACAUUCAGGGCACACAAGAGUUUCUGUUCCAGAAGCAGAAGGAGAGCGAAGGUCCUAAUGCUGUACUAUUCCACCCUUUGGAUGCCUCAUCCAGGAUGCAGAGGACUCUAGGUUUAACAUUUGGUAAAACAUUGAGCUGUUAAUCACAUUAAAGCACAUAUAUAUAUAUAUAUAUAUAUAUAUAUAUUUUAUUUAUAAAUAAAAUUUUAAAACAA